AUGCCGCAACGUUCACCGUUUGCCAUACAGGAGUUGUUGGGGCUGGCUGUGGCGGCAGCGGGAGCGGGAGCGGGAGCAAGCACAUGUGAAGCACCAACCGAUCUGACAACAACAACAACAACAACGACGGCAAUCGGUACAGCAAAAUCAACAACAGAAUCGCGGCAAACGCCAACACCGCCGAAACCAACGACAGCAACAGCAACUGCAGCCACAUCUUUGGCUCAAUAUACAGCAGUUGCCAGUUCGGUGGCAACAACAAUAACAACUUCCAGUCCCAGCCCUGUCCUAAAAGUGGAGCACUAUCGCGACCAGCAACAACAGCAACAGCAACAACAACAACAACAUCAUCAGCAACAGCUGACCAUGGCAGCGGCAUCACGUAUGGCCUACUUUAAUGCUCAUGCAGCGGUGGCUGCCGCCUUUAUGCCCCAUCAGCUGGCGGCCGCCGCAGCUGUGGCCCAACAACAACAGCAUCAGCAGCCACCGUUGCACCACCAACACCACCACCAUCAACAUCUUCAUCAACAACACCACCCAGCGCAUCACCCACACCAUCAUCAUCACCACCAGCAUCAUCAUCAGCUGCAAGGAACCACAGUGCCGGUGGUGGCAGCACCACCGCCAAUGCCGCCGCACCCGCAUCAUCCGUUGCUGCAUGCACAGGGAUUCCCGCAAUUGAAGAGCUUUGCAGGCGCUGGCACAUGUUUACCUGGCUCAUUGGCUGCCAAAGACUUUGCCAUGGAUGGCCUCAAUGGCUUUGGCGUGGCUGUCGGCGUUGGUGCGAACAGUAAAAAGAAGAAAAAGAAGCGUCGCCACAGUCGCACCAUCUUCACCAGCUAUCAGCUGGAGAAGCUCGAAGAAGCCUUCAAGGAAGCGCAUUAUCCUGAUGUGUAUGCGCGCGAGAUGCUGUCCCUGAAAACGGAACUGCCCGAGGAUCGCAUACAGGUGUGGUUCCAGAACCGACGCGCCAAAUGGCGCAAAACCGAGAAGGUGUGGGGGGGCAGCACCAUCAUGGCAGAAUACGGACUCUAUGGCGCCAUGGUGCGUCACUCGUUGCCGCUGCCGGACACUAUUCUAAAAUCGGCCAAGGACAACGAUGCAGUGGCACCCUGGCUACUAGGCAUGCAUCGCAAGUCCAUUGAAGCACAGUCCGCCCUGAAGGACGACAGCGGUGUUAGCGAUCAUGAGGACUCUGCCGGCUCCAAAUCGGUGCAUUCGGAUGAGCUGCGCUCACAUUCUCGCGCCCUCAGCUCCUCUACGGAAUCGCUGAACGUGGUCAGUCCGGCGCCAAGCAGCUGUCCCACCUCCGCCUCCACAGCGCCGCCAACCACAACAUCGACGCCGCACGGCAGCAGCGGCUACGCAGGCGCCACACACUCCGCCUCCUCAGCCGCCACCACGCCCACGGGCGCCUUGACAAACAGCUCGGGUUCCCCACAUAUUGAGCUGAGCACGCCGUCUCCUCAGCACCCGCAGCCGCAGUCACAGCUGCCCCAACAACAACCACACCAUGCCCAGCUCUUGCCGCACGCCCAGCAGCAGCAACAGCAUCCACAUCCCUAUUUGGGCAGCGCAGUCUCAGCGACGCCCUCCUACCACCCACUGCUCGAUGCGGCAAACGCAGCCGGCGCCGGGGCCGCUGCCUCCAGCAAGGACUUUCACAUGAUCAUGAACACGGCCGUGGCGGCAGCAGCGGUCGCUGCCCAGCAGCAGCAACAACAACACCCCCCGCACCACGCCCUGCAUGCCCAUCACCUGUCCGCCGCAGCGGCAGCCGCGGCGCUCAUGGAGCACGAUCCGGAUGCGUUCAGAAACAACUCAAUCGCCUGUCUCCGUGCCAAGGCGCAGGAGCAUCAGGCCCGUCUGCUCAACAAUGGCGGCCUUUUUCUGCACGCCCAAGCCCAAGCCCAUGCCCAGUGUGAUAUUGCCAAACCAGAUGAGCGGAUCAACAACAACAACAGCAUAGAAAGUGAUGUUUAUGGGGCAAGUGGAAGGACCCAAGUGGCGCUACCAGCCGCACCAGCCUCGUCGGCACAUCCACCGGCGCCGCACCUCGUCAAAAUGGAGCUGACGUCAAGUGGGGGCAGCGUAACGUCGUCCUGCGAGGACGUCUGA